UAAUUCUUGUUAACAUUAUUAUUUUUUUUUUCAUUUGUGUUUAAAAAGUCUGUACAAUUAAUUUUUUUAUCAUAGAUACAAUGGAAUGUUUAAUUCCCGAUAUUUUAUUCACUCUACUUGGUCAUAAGUCAGAAGUAUUACAAUGUAUUGUUGACAAUGAUACUAAUUUUACUGACGAUGAAUACUUUAUUUUGAGCAUUGAAGAUCGGCAGCUGUUAAAAUGUUUUUUGAACUUAGCUGAAGAGUAUCAGAAACUAAACAUCAUUAUUAUGUCUCACAAACGAUUAGAAGGUAUCUAUAAAAAACCAGAUGAUAACAAACGAGGUAUUUACUUUGAAGCUUUUGUUGAUGGUAUGUACCUUGCAUUGCAACCGUAUCGCAAAUGUGUAAAUGAUAUAGAAAAAGAAUUGUCAAAUAAUAAAGGAAACAAAUGUUUAUUGGCUGAAAUAUUGAGGAAAGUAGAGCGGUAUAAGCCAUUAAUUGUUGCAAUUAAUGACAUUUUAGAACAGAUUGAAUUUUCUCGGUUGUAUGGAGGACAAAUAUUAAAUCUCUUAUAUGAAGUAGUUACAAUGAAGUUUAUAGAUGACAAAGUUCAGUUAUCAUUUAUAUUCAAACAAUGUUUGCAGGUAUUGAUAUCACAAUUGAACACAUUUUUUGCACGUGGAGUGAUUUUCGACCCAUACCAAGAAUUAUUUAUUGAACCAAAAUUUUCUAAGAAUACCCAAGAAUUUAAACAUUUUUCUUUACAACCCAGUUUAAUACCAUCAUUUGUUCCUCUUUCAACCGCAAGCAAAAUAACAAGAAUUGGUGAUGUAAUUAAAAGUUUACAACAGUCACACAACCAAUCGUUACUGAUAAACUUCAGAGAUAUAUCCACAGAAAUAUAUGGGCAAAAAAAAGAUCAGUUGUUUUCUGAUUUACUUAAUUUAGGAAGUGUUCCAUUAUUUACUAAAAAUGAAUUUGUCGAAGUGAUUGAUAAAUUUUAUAAUGUAGUUGAUGAAUAUAUGUUAAAGGCGUCUUUUAAUGAAGACAGCUUUGUAGACCAUAUGAAAUUAAUUAGAGAUUUUUACUUGCUGGGAAAUGGAGAGUUUUAUAAGCAUUUCUUGAACAAAAUAAGCAGUUUAUCUCAAAAAACUGAACUUAGUUUACGAAUUAUUAAAGUAGCAUUUACCAAUACAGCUCAAGAUGUCAAAUUACAUAAAUCUGUACGUAAAAAAUUUGAAUUCAGUUCAUUGAUUAGUACAAAUGCUGAUGAAACAACUUGGACAAAUGUUAAGCUUAUCAUGGAAACUAAAUGGCCAUUACAGUUCAUAUUCACCAACUCAGUUCAAAUUAAUUAUUCAAAAUUGUUCUCUUUUUUAUCACGAAUUAAAAGAGUGCAAACAAAUUUACAUGAAAUAUUCAUUGAAAAGAAAUCAUCUUACUGUCAAAAUGGUCAUAUUGAUCAGCUAAAAACUAAAUUAAUAUUCUUAAUAGACACUUUAUAUAGUUAUCUUCAAACAGAUGUUAUAGAAGAUGAAUACUUUUUGCUCUUGGAAAAAUUAUCAUAUGCUAAUGAUUUCCAAACCAUCAAACACAUACAUGACAUUUUUCAAACAAAUAUUAUGAGGGAUUCAUUUAUGUUUCUGGAUGAGGUGUACAUGGCUUUUAAUAUAAUUUUGGAUAUGUGUGAAAACUAUUGUAGGUAUAUGACUGAUAUUACAGCAGUUUUAAAUCCACAAUAUAAACAGUGUUAUGACGAGUUACAUUUAUUGUUUACUAAAAAACCAAAUAAAUUAAAUAAAUUGUUAAAUACAAUUCAAGAAAUUCAAGUGACUCCUAAACCAAAUCAGUUUCUUGUGAGAUUGAAUUAUAAUAAUUGGUUAAUAAAAUCAAUAUCUAGUGAUACAUAA